AUGCAGUGGCAGGGCAUGCAACCGUCUUGGGCUGCCGUUAUGCAGAUGGAGAAUCUUCGCCUGCAGCAGUUGGCAGCGCUUCAAGCUGCUAUGAUCAGUGAUAUGAAGCAGGAGCUGGCAAGGGUGGGAGAUGGAGAUGCCUUGAGCCAGACAAGGGAGCUUCCGAACAGCAGGCGCACCUGCGAUCCAGAUGUCCCUUCUCUGGUCAGGAAGAUGGAACCGAUGAAGUUGGCUACACCGGAGACUUUGUCACCAAGAUCUUCAGCUGGUGGCUCGCCGACGAUUUCCUCGAAGACGUCCCCAGCAUGGUCAUGUGGAUCAACGCUCUCGUCAAAGGUGUCUGCCCCUCCGGGUUUAGAAGAACUUCUUGAUGUUUGUGCUCCGCCGGGCUUGGAGAGCAUGAUCGUAUCCCCUCCGACAACGCCGUCGUAUGACCUGCCGGACAGCGACAAGGAGGCCGAUCUUCAGAAAGGGUUGCUGGUUACCACAAGCAACACUCUGGGGAGCAGCGUCACGCAGGUAACGUGGCACAUUGCCAACCCACAGGCGAAGCUACGUGUGAGCUGUGGGUCUGCUUUGGUGUCCCCAUCGUUUGCUGCUGGUGGCUUGGAGGGUCUCCGCCUCCUCUUCAGUCCAGGAGAGCGAUGGCUGGUCGAUUGGAAGAGGGCAGCAAAGAAAACGGUCAAGAAGGGCAAGAAGGCGGUGGAUCGCGCACCCCAGUAUGGGGCACUGCACUUGAAGUUUUCAGGAGAUUUCACAGGCGGCGAGCCCAUGACGCUGCUCUUCAACCUCGCCGGGGAACAGUUGGGACCAAUCACGGCCCACCCUGGACAAAGCACCUGCUUGAUCUGUGAGCUUCGCAAAGACUGGCGACUCGAGACAAACAGCCUGGACGGCUCCCUGACUGUUGGCGUGGACAUUGUCAGCGGAAACUGA